CCUGAGACAACAUUUUCAGCAAUAGAUAGAUAGAUAGAUAGAUAGAUAGAUAGAUAGAUAGAUAGAUAGAUAGAUAGAUAGAUAGAUAGAUAGAUAUAUGGAUGAAAGGAUUAUAAGAUCGUAGAGUGAUACUACUUUGGAUGUUAAGAGACAUAUACUUUCACUCUUUAGAUUUCUGUUUCAGAAACCAUACAAACAGGCAUUCUACUAUAAAAGAGCUGGGGGUUAUCAUGCUUGGAGAACCAUUCCUUCAUAUUCUGAACUGCACAGAAGAUGCCACAAAUUGUGAUGGAGCAGCUCACAUACACUCAGUCACCUCCACGGCCAGUCCCAACCCAAGCAAGAUGAGCAUCACUGUCAGAUCACCGCUGACACCACAAAAUGUGAGAGCUGGCAGGCCUGAACGCCUAGAAAAGCCAAGGUCAAGUCGGGCAUCUGCACCCAGCAACGCUAUGCCAAUUCUCAGCUGUAGCGGUGAGGAUCACUUGAGCAUGACACUGUAUUGCUCCUGGUGUUGUCCCAGCUUCUACAAGGACUAUCCUGACCUCCGACUUGCAGGUGACCGGCUGGAGCAUUGGAGUCCUCAUAACCCAGCCCUGCUCAGCUCACAGGACAAUGGGCCACUGCUGCAGUCUCAAGACCUGAGUUCUCUGGAGCCCACACUGGUGCAGGGUCAACAGGCAGAGGUUGUGACCCAGCACGAUGAGGGUUAUCUUGUCAUAGAGAGCGGUCAGGGUCCUAGUUGGGAGAGAAGGCUCACCAAUUCCAUGUUGAAUGGUUAUUUGGAGGUCCAAAUGCUGGAGGUGUUUUGCCAGCACAUGCAAAACAUGGCAUGCUGUGGAUCAUCAUUGCUUGGCACUGAUGUCAUGCCAACGCUGGGGCCCACUAGCCUGACUGUACCCAGUGAACAAAGAGCCAAUCAAGAAGAGGUGCUGGAUUCUUCAUCCAGUUACGUUGUGCGAUACUUGAGCACUUGUUCAGCUCCAGCCACCUCCCACUUCAGCUCACCUGUGCUGCGAAUCUCAGAAGCUGAGGAGCCAACCUCAUAAAUAGACAUACUCAUCACGACAUCCUCACUCUAACACACAAGUAUUUAAAGUAAUAGUUCACCCAUAAAUGAAAAUUCUCUUAUCAUUUACUCAGCCACAUACCAUCCCAGGUCUUUUUUCUGUUGAACACAAAUGUAGAUUUUUAGAAUAAUAUUUCAUCUCUAUAGGUCCUCACAAUGUAAAUGAAUGGGCAUCAAAAGCUUAAAGCUCAAGUAGGUGCACGAAGAAGGUGAAUUUUCAAACAAAAUAUAGACUGUUUCUCACCCACACAUAUCAUAUAACUUUUGAAGAUUUGGAUUUAACCACUGGAGUUUUAUGGAUUACUUUUAUGCUGCCUUUAUGUGCUUUUGGACCUUCAAAGUUUUGGUCACCAUUCACUUGCAUUGUAUGGACCAACAGAGCAGAGAAUAUAUAUUUUUUUAAAUCUUAAUUUGUGUUCUGCAGAAGAAUGAAAGAAAAACACAUCUGGGAUGGCACGAAGGUGAGUAAAUGAUGUGAGAAUUUUCAUUUUUGGGUGAACUAUCCCUUUUAAUAGUUAAAUACAGUGUAAGCUAUAUUGACAGCAUUUGUGGCAUAAUCUUUACUACAUCAUAAAAUAAUUUGACUUUUUGUUUGCUUUUUUUGGAGCAAAAAUCAUUGUUACAAUGAGGUACUUACAAUGGAAUUAAAAGGCAGUUACCAAGGAAAAAUUACAUAGUGCAAAAAUACUGUAACUGCUAUUUGUCCUUUGAAGUAUUUAUGAAGAUAUCCCCUCCUGCAGAAUAUGGGGAUCAUAUAUACCCUGAUAGCCUGAUGUGUGUGUGUUAACAUCUAAAACCACUCUCAGAUGUUUUUGAGAUGUUAAUGAUUUUAAAUGUAAAUCUAAAUGUACGUAAAUCUGCUUUUUUAAAGAUGCUUAGGAUAUGUUAAUUAAUGUGCAAUGCUUUCCAGAUGAAACACUCUUAAAUAGACAUCUCGGAGAGGUAGGUGUGCCAAAGUUCUAGCUAAUUAUUUGAAGUCAUUCUUUCUAAGACUAAAUCAUUUAAUUAGCACUUCCUGUCUAGCAAGCCAGUUAACCAGAGGAACAAUAUACAAACCUCACAAAGAAUGACAACAUGUAACCAACUGUAAAUUAACCCUGACACAAUUUCAGUGUUACAACUGAAAUCUCCCUCUUUUUUUUCUCUCUUUACUCAUCUCCCGAUCCGCUCAUCCUCUUUCAUAUGUUUCCAUUGUAAUGUUUCAAAAUCAUUAAUAGCACAUUGUAUGUUAGAAGAAGAGGAACCAAGUCAUGCUGUCAUGUGUAGAAUGUUUUGUGACAUUUAUAACUGUUGCCACUUCCUUCUAAAGUAGAGCCAAUCAGAUGACGUGUAUUUCCCUCAGUACUGCUGCAGAAUGAAACAUUCACUUUCCUUGUAAUGAUAAUGACAUGUGAGCAAUGAAAUUGAAAUGUCAGUAACAUAGUCCUCAUUUCGAUACAUGUUUUCCAUAAUUAAUUUAUAUCUCAUUUAAUUUUGUAUUCAAUUGUUUUGUUGUGGUAAAGCAAUCGAGUUUCCAACAUGAGUUACAUUAAUGUGAGAUAGGUUAAUAAUUGUUAUUAAAUCCUG